AUGGCCAGCCCAGUAUGGUCUUCUAACGAUUUGGUCCUAUCGCACUGGCGCGAUCCUUGCUCGUCGGCCAAGAAAAUGCUGGCAGUUGACGGCGGGAGCUUGACCAUCGCCGACGUGGUUGCAGUCUCGAGAGACCUGGUGCAGGUGAAGCUCACGCCCGAGUCCAUCAAGGCCGUGGACGCGUGCAGUAAGAUCAUCGCGGAGAAGAUAGCCAAGGGAGACGUCAUCUACGGGGUUAACACGGGAUUCGGGGGAAGCGCCGACACCAGAAGCGACGACGUUGAGAGGGUGCAGCAGAGCCUGAUCAGUCACCUGACGUGCGGUAUUGUCGCGGACGGCAAGCAGCAGCCCGUCGUGAAGCUGCCACUCAACGACCCGCUUGCGGCUACCUGCAUGCCAGAAUCGUGGGCGCGCGCGUCCAUGCUCAUCCGCCUCAACUCGCUUGCGGGCGGGGCGUCAGGCAUCCGGGUCGUUAUUGCAGAAUCGCUGCAGGCACUGCUUAACAAGGACGUGGUGCCGCGCAUCCCGGUCCGCGGAAGUAUCUCGGCCUCCGGGGAUCUCAGCGCGCUCGCCUGGAUCGGUGCGCUGAUGCAAGGCAAGCCAUGCGCCACGGCCUUUGCUGGCCCACGGGACGUUGACGGGGCGCGACGGGUGACGCGGGCUGACGAGGCCCUUUCCGCAGCCGGCAUCGCGCCCAUCCAACUGCACGCCAAGGAGGGCCUUGCCAUAGUCAAUGGCACCGCCGUGUCGGCCGGGGUGGCAGCUCUCGCGGCGCACGAGAGCCUCCACCUCGCGGCGCUGUCGCAGGUGCUGACGGCCAUGAGCGUCGAGGCCCUAGGCGGCAGCGACGAGAGCUUCGAGCCCUUCAUCGCCCGGGUGCGCCCCCACGCCGGCCAGGUCGACAGCGCGCGCAACAUCAAGGCGUUCCUUGCCGGCUCGCAGCUGCUCCACCGCCACGACGACCACCGUGUGGCGACGCUGCGUCAGGACCGCUACUCGUUGCGCACCGCCAGCCAGUGGAUUGGCCCCGUGCUGGACGACUUCUGCCUCGCCCACCACCAGCUGACGGUGGAGCUGAACUCCGUAACGGACAAUCCGCUCAUCGACGCCGCAGCAGGCCGUGUAUAUCACGGCGGCAACUUCCAGGCACGUGCCGUCACGUCUGCGGCUGAGAAGCUGCGCCAGGGCCUUCAGACCAUCGGCCGCAUGCUCUUUGCCCAGUGCACCGAGAUGAUGAACCCCGCCACCAACUGGGGCCUGCCGCCUAACUUGUGCUCCGACGACGCAAACCACUCCUUCUUGUUCAAGGGCAUCGAUGUGGUCGUUGCCGCCCUGACCUCGGAGCUGGGCUUCCUGGCUAACCCCGUUGGCUCGCACGUGCAGACGGCCGAGAUGGGCAACCAAUCACUCAACUCCCUGGCCCUCGUGUCCGCCCGCUACACUCUCGACGCCGUUGACGUCUUAUCGCAGUUGGCGGCCGCCCACCUCCUGGCGCUGUGCCAAGCCUUGGACCUGCGAACCAUCGAGCGGGAGGGCCGAACCGACGCCCCACCCAACGCCACACCCUUCCUUGGCCAGGCUUCGCGACGCAUGUACCGCUUCCUUCGCCACGAGCUUGAAAUCCCAUUCUUGAGUGAGGAGCACUUGGCUUCGACCGACGCCGUGACGACAGACGGUGUUACCCCAAGCAUUGGGGUGUACAAUACGCGCGUCUAUGAGUCCAUCAGGUCAGGACGCUUGUACCAUAUCGUACUGGAGAGUCUUAGAGAGGUGAACGAGCAGGAGCGACCGACUAACGGGAUUGUGACCAACGGCAUCUCUCCGCACUGA